AUGGUAUCAAAAGCAACUUCUUUUGAUUCUAUUCAGAACGAUUCUAAGGAGAGAGAAAUAGAUUGGAUUGAAUUUUUUCAAUUAGAAUUCGGAUUUAUUUUUUCAGAUUAUGGCGUAGAAAAAGCAAAAAAAAAAGCCUUUGACAUUGUCAAAUUGCCUGACAUGACAUUCAAUGAUACAGCAACUCAAAAAACAUAUAGCCUAUCACAACAUAAAUUGAAAAAGGAAGCUUUUAUUGCAUCUAUUGGUAUUGCAUCAGAACAAAACUCUAUCGAAAGGUUAUUAAAUGCAGGACUGAAUGAUAACAACUUGAUGAAAUAUUGGUUUAAUGAUGGAGAGAGCAAAUUGGCCUUUUACAUAUAUUUUGGAGUUUAUAGCGAACAAUUGACAAUAAAUAUAUCUAAAGAUCAUAUAAAGCUGAGAGAAUCAUAUUCGGAAGGAAUUCAAAAAUUAAUAAAAUAUAAUAAUCCGUACCCGAAAUUAGAAUCUUUCUUUAAAGAGUAUGGUUAUUUUUAUGAAUCAAAAGUUACAAUCGGCGCUAAACUUGAUCGGCUAUUUGAGUUCUAUUCAAAAGACUUAGGCAAUAACGAUAAAAUCAAUAAGUCGAAUUUGAUCAAAGAUGACUUGCAGUCAUAUUUAAAAGAAUUCGAGAAAUCCGUAAAACCAUUUGACAGUUCAUAUUUAUACGAUUAUAACUUAGAUCCAAUAAAAAUAAAGAAUAUUGAAAAAUGGCUUAUUUCAAUUCCCGAUCGUAAAACCGAAUGGAAAGUGAUUAAACGACAAAUUACGCCAUUAUAUCAUACUCUGGAAGAACCUGUCCGAAAACAACUGGAUGAUUUGCUUGGAUCGGAAAGCCGUAUUUUGAUGUUUGGAAAAGAUCAGGUCAACGAUUGCAAAUGGAUAAAAUUUCCUGAAGCGCUUCAUGAAGCAAGCUACCACAUUUUUGGUCGUAUAAUCAGUAAAAGUGAUAAACAUGUAAAAGCUGUUCCUAAAUUUAAGUAUAAUGAUGUAGAAGGCUUCGAAAUUUCAAUUGAAUCAUCCGAGAAUGAGGACGAAAUACAAUGUAGAGAGCAUACAGUAGCUUGGAUAAUGGUUGGGAUCCCUUAUAAAAUUAAAUAUUCCGAUCCAUCUAUUCGCAACUUAGAGAUAGUAAUUGGCUCGAUUCCAAUCAAGGAACGAAAAGUGAAGUUAAAUAUUAAUCAAACGCUUUGUUCAGGAUAUAUCCUUGCAGUAUCAUUUAUUUAUCCUUAUUCAAACGUCGAACCAAAUUUUGAUUUUGAAAUUUCGUCCUGGUCGAGUCGAGGAAUCAUCACUCUCGAAAUAAUUGGUCAAACAAAUAAUGAUUUGUUCGAUAAUAACGAUAAGGACAGUGUGACAUUGUCUUGGUGUUUGAUCUUAGUCACACCAACAAAAUUCAAUGAAAAAGACUCGAAGUUUUUAGAAUUUACUUUAUGCAAAGACGUUGGUCAUAU